AAUCGUAGGCUACCCUUUUCGGGACAGCCGUCUGUCACCGCCGCCAGCUGAGCUGGUGAGGUUGGGUGAUAGGGUUGCGAGGUUGCCAUGUGAAAAGUGUAAAUAAUGAAAAGUGUGGCAUAGUUUUAUAUCUUUAUUUUCUGGUUGCGUAGGCUGAAAUGCGCGUUAAUAGAAAUUUGAGUUGACGAUUGUUAAAUUAUCUAGGUUUCCUUUUUUGCGGCGAGAAUACAAAGUCGUCUGCUUGCUCGAAAGAAUGUUACGUCCAAAUGAAUAAACGGAGGAAUCGUCUGAAAGUCAAAUUCAGUUUCUAUUACUUUCCCAUGUGUUUGCUCUCAAAUGCUUAAAAUCAGGUCUAGAGUAAACAAUUCCGAUAUGUCUUCAAUACGCGAAGAAAGUCAAAAUGAGAGUUUAACCUCUCUCCGGAAAAAAGAAGAGAAAUCAGUGCCAGUCGACGAAGUGGAUUUUCCACGACCAGAGAUGCACGUUACCAAUUGGGAAAUAAUUGCUUUAGUAGUAUCUAUCGUUAGCCAUGUUAUAGACGUUGGAAUAGAUGUGUAUCUUUCUUGUCGUUAUUACGUUGCAGGCCAAAUGUUGGAAUUCGGUUUGACGAUUUUUUUCAUAUUGUUUCCAGCGUUACUCAACACAGUUAUCAGUAUUAGAAUGUAUGUCAUGGAUAAAGAUGACGUGUCUGUCGCCAAGAAAGCCACAGGACUUUGGGUGAUUCGUGUGUUGGUGCUCCUGUUCCAGCUGGCGCCUAUUCUCAGGUACUGCGAGUCGCUGGCGUACGCGCUGCAGUCGCGGCGCGCGGAGAAGGCACGCGACGGGCACGGCCAGCGCAGGUUCUACGAGCUGAUGCUGAAGGAGGACUCUGACGUGGCGCUGCUGCGGGUGUUCGAGUGCUUCCUGGAGGCGGCCCCCCAGCAGGUGCUGCAGAUCAGCAUCCUGCUGGCCAACACGGGCCGUCGCCUGGGGGACCUGCAAGUGCUGACGCAGGCGGCCUCCAUCCUCAGCUCGCUGUUCAGCAUGGGCUGGUCGAUGGCAUCCUACCACCGCUCGAUCCGCUUCGUGCAGAAGGACAAGGACAACAUAUCCUGGCCGGGCACGGUCAUGCAGUUCCUCUGGCACUUCCCCAUCACAGUGUCGCGCAUCCUGUCCAUCAGCGCGAUAGCGUCGGUGUGCCCCUACUGGAUGGCGGGCGCAGUCGUGGUGCACUGGCUCGUCAUGUCCGCGUGGAUCUCCGUGCUGGACCGCACCCAGUUCUGCGUAUCGACCCGCGGCGACCCUUGGCGCCAGAAGGUCGGCGAGACGCUCUUCUCCUUCGUGCUGGGGCUCGUCUACGUCUUCACGUACCUGACGCCCGGCGAGGGCCGCACCCGCAACCGCUUCCUGGUGUUCUACUCGCUGUGCUUCGCGGAGAACAUGGCGGCCGUCGGGACGUGGGCCGCGCUCGCCGGCGACGAGACGCGCGGCCGGUGGUUCUUCCUGCCGCUGACCUGCGGCGCCGCGGUGUCGUACGUGCUGGGCGUCUGCUUCAUGCUCGUCUACUACCGCUUCUUCCACCCCAGGAGGGUCUCCCCGCCGCACUCCCCCGCGGCUGCCACCCGCACCAGCUGAUGGCCUCCCUCGCCCGCUUCUCGAACACUGUGGCUGCGCGCUCGCCAAGGGCUCGGGAAGGUGCCAUCUUCCGAUCGUAGUUUCAUAUUGAAAAUUUGACCUCUUUAGGCAUACUUCAUAAAUUUUUUUUUUACAACACUUGAAGUUGACAGUGAUUUGCUCCAUCAAAUAGUUUAACGUGUGAAAAUAUCGAGGUUUAGAAAAAUUAAGUAAAAUUUAUUGAAAAAUUUCUACAACAAAAAAAAAUAAUCAAAGAGUCACUGUUUUACAGUCUCAGUAAGUCUGUUUAUGUGUGUUUUCUGCUUUAGCAAAGGCAAAUUCUCAAUUGAAAACCAUGCUAAAUGUUUACAAGCUAAAAACGGUGAAAUCCAAGAUGGCAACUUUCCUUUUACGUCUUUCUCCCCUUUGUUCGUCUCUUACUUGCUUUCCUCAACUGAGCGUGGUGAAGCUCAUUCGCAGUCGAGAGAGUAGCUUGUCCUGCCUCAGAUCUUCUGUUUUUACGCUGAACUUCGUACUUCGUACUUACACCUCCGAUGCCUAAGAUUCUCCUUGUUUCAGCCCGAGAACUGAAAGAAGCUGGUUAAAUUCUAAACGGCGGGCAUCUGGCCACCUGAAUGCUUGACAGCAUCUUGUAAUGAUUUCUCUCAAGUAUGAGAUAUUUUGUAACCUCGCUAGAUUUAAUUUGCUGUAUAGUGUAUAUGUAGUGACUUUCCUUCGUAUUUAUUUUUUACUUUUUAGUUUUUAUGUAGUCAGUUGUUGCUAACAACGCUGUAAAUUACAAUAAUUUAUUUGUUCCUGUAUUAGUGUUUAUUACCUAUUAGUAAAUAGUGUGUGUUUGUCUCGAUCACGGAGCUGUUUUUUGGCAUCUACUGUUUUAAGUAAUUUCCUCCCUUUUAAAUAUAUAGCACUUGUAUACUGUGCUUCAGGUUAACAAGUUCAGGUUAUUGACUUUUUAAAAAGCUUCAGUAUUCUCAAAUGAUUUAAAGUGGUGAAACUUGUUUGGUCUCAGUAUUUUAAAUCUUUGUUUCCUGAAGUUACGUUUUUCUUCCCAAGAAUAAGCGUGUCCUAGCUGUUCGUUCUCAUUGUGAGAAUUUGUAAUUUAGGAACACAGUGUUAUACUCAAUCAGGCUAUUAAAAUUAUUUUUAAAUAAUUAGAAAAAGUUAGUACGUAUUUGAAGGAACAACAAUGUUUAUGUUUUAGACAUUAAAUGAAGUGGAAAAUCAAAUGGCUAGUUGCAAUCGGUUUUAUACCUAUUGGACAUAUACUUUGUCAAUGGACAUAGUUUUAAUGUGAUUCACAAGUGCCUGAAAUAAUUUUUUUUUAUAUAUAUGUAAAAGUAUUAGUGUAUUCCGAAGAUGAAGAUUUUUUUUUCAAGCUGGUAAGUUUAUGUUCGUAGUGUGAAUAGAAGCAGAUUAAAUUUUUAAAUUUUAUUUUAUGUGCGUAGUCUGCACUAAUCCAAUCAUAAUGCAGCCUUUUUCCUGCUAUAAGAUUGUUGUACUAAAUUUUAUUGUAUUGGUCGAGAAUUCUUUUGGCGACAAAAAACAUAAGUGUUUUUUAAAAUGAUUCAUGCAUUGGAGAAUUGUGUUUAAUACAAUUUUUUGGAAAUACACCAUUGCAGUUUUGCACUGUUUUGUCAUAGGAAAAACUGAAGAUGCAAAAUAAAAUUUAAAAUAAAAACUAACCUACAUAGAACAAGCCGGAAUCAGUGGUUGAACAAACGGCACCAACAAUGAACCUAAACGGUUAUGGGCAACACAAUGAAAGCACAAACACAUUCAAACUUAAAAUAUCAGACAGGUUAAGAAAAAUUUUUUUUUUCAUGCCUAAAGUCCUUCUAUGGAGUUCUUAAGCAGUCUUAUAUUUUAAGUUUGAAUGUGUUUGUUCUUUUUUCAUUGUUGCCCAUAAUACCUGUUUAUGUUCAUAGUUUGGUCCAUGUGUUCGACAUCGACUGAUAUAGACUUGUUCUCGGUGGGUGUAAGUUUUCGUUGUUUCCUUUUUAUUUUACAUUCUUGAAUUGUUUCCAUGACAAACACUGCAAAUCUGUAAUGGUGUAUGUCCAAAAAAUUGUAUUAAAUCAAAAACAUAAUACUUUUUUAUGAAUGGUUUUUAAAUAAAGAUUUAUGUUUCGGUUAAGCGAUUGAGAAAGGUGCAAACUCAAAUGUAUAUUUACAUUGGUUUAAAUAAUUGUUGUGCAAGUGGCAAGUAUUUGGAUACACAUUUAUCAAUUUUAGCACAAAAUUGACCUUCCUUGGUACUGUGCUUCUAAGGCAUUUAUAUAUAUUGGUACAAAAUAAAAUCCUAGCCUAUUUGUUAAAUUCUCAGACAACUAACGGCUCUCUGUGACUGCUGUCGUUCAGAAGUUACUGUGAUGCCUGUCAGUAAAGUGAUUUUGUUUGUACGUAAUUAAAUGAUCACCAUUUCUGGAGAGAUAACACAAAGUUGCUACAUUCUGUUCCGGCCAAUCUGAGAUUUUUAUAAAAUUCAUUUUGAAAGUACUCCUGCUAGUUCUCAUAGUUACAUCCUCUAAAUCAUGUGAUACUAUAUAACUAUUCACCUCUAAAAUUGGGUUUAUGUGUGCUAUAGUAGCCUAUGGUUUGGUGCAGUAAUAAUUAAUUGUAAUGAUUUCAUAAGUCACUAGGCUCAAAUAACGUUAAUUUUGUAGUUGGCGAAAGCAGUUGGUGAAAAGAAAACUAAAUCGGGGCUUUCAAAAGUAUUAAUUUAAUAAUGAACCAACUAUAGGUGAGCAUUUGUUGGAUGUAUACCUUUAACAAUUUUUUUUCAUUGGAGUAUUUGAAAUAUUAAUUGUUGUUUGAUGUUCGAUGUCUGUGCAAGAUUAAAUAAGUACCCACUGUAAUUUGGUGCCUUUGGUGCAUUCGGACGUGUGUCAGGUCAGUAAAGCAGCACAACGCUGAAAAUGCUUUGUUUGUAAUGUGGACUUCUUACUUGCCUUGGGUUUAAGACUGUUUUUUAACUUUGUGGGAUCUUUUGACUGUUUUGUUGAUUUUUUCUGACAAUUGGUCUAUUUUGUAACACUUCAGUAAUUGAAUAGCAUUAAUUAGCAUAAUAUCCUGAAUUACAGACACAAGUUUUGGACUAAUUACUCUUGUCUUGUAAAUUUUAUUUAUUGUUAUGCUACUGAUGAUGUGUGCAUUGCACAGUUGGUAUUGCAGCUUUUUUUAAUCACUAUCCUUUUAAAUGCAUCAUAUUGUGGAAUUAUAAUUUUGUUGGUUAUGUGUAUACUAAAAACAUGUGCUUUGGACACUGUGAUUUUUAUGUAUGUAUUGAUGUAUGAUGUUCCUUGACGCCAAAAUUUAUUUUUCCGCUACAUAAUUCGUAAUGUUCGCAAAUAUUUUCUGUGGUAACAUAUGUCUGUGAUAAAUAAUAGAUAGCUAAAAUGAUAUUACUUUCAUGAUAUAUAUUGUAUUUUAUAUGUAUAUUGGAGCCAUUGUACAUAUCAAACAUUCAGACAAACGUUGCAUUAACUGUGCAGUAAAUUCAGACAGUGUACGUAUAGAGUUUUUGUGAAGGACCAAAAGAUAAAUGAUUGGCUUCCAUUUUUGUAAUAUUUGAGCAUUCACACAACUCAUGUUGAAGCGAUGAAUCUCUGCAAAGAUCGCUAUAAUAACAAUUUUAUGAGUUAUCAAACAAGUUGGUUUUUGUUGGAACAAUUUUUAAAAAUAAUUAGUAGGUACAUAACAUUUUUUUUCUAUUCAUGCUAAAUUCCCACAUGGUAUGUAUUCAUGUAUCAUUUGUCAAUUGGAUGUGUUUCUAAAAGCAAGAAUGUUGUUUAUAGUAUGUACAAAAUCUAAUUUGGUAUCACUAUUAGAUUUUAUUUUACCAUAAAAUUUUGAUAAGGGUUUUACAUAUUUAAUAAUUUCAACUAUCGCUCUGAUUCUAGAGGAAUAGCUUUCCUUAUUUACUUAAUUGUUUCACAUAUUUUUUCAUUUAUUGUUAAAAUUGACUAGCAAAAGGUAUUCUAGGCAAAAACUGCAAAUAAACGAAUUUGCGAAUAGCGAAACACUAUGAUUAAAGAAUAAUCUAGAGUACAUACAAUAUAAAUAUUAAUAAAUAGUGUUUUGGUGGUUAUUUUUUGAAGUAGGCUUUUUUUAACUGAAGGCUCUUAUAAUAGUGGUUGUCUCAAACUUGAGAUCAUGUUAAAUUUGAGUUAUUGGUAUGUUUUUAGGUAUUCAGUUAAAUAAUAAAAUUGCUGUAAUAAAUUUCUUAAAAUUUUAAUUCUUUUCUCUGAAUCAUUGAUUAUAAAUAGGUAAUUAAUUACAUUGAAGAAUUCAUUACUCAGUAGUUGAUUGAAUUUCUCAUUUAUUGCGAUUGAGGUUUGUUCGACAUCUAGUUACCUAGUCAAUUGAGAGUUCUAAUAUGUUGAUAUGAAAUAUUUUGAUAUUGACACCUUGCUAAACCAAAAGUUAAUGCCAGUAAAUGAAUACCUAUUGUCACAAUAGUAAUUAAUUAUUGUUAUCGCCUAUAUGCGAUGUCUUGAUUAUUCUUCAGUACUUUAUUGAUUAUAUAUUUAUAUUAUAAACAGAGUCUUAAUAAAAAGGUUCUGUUGUGAUUUGUUUGGAUGUAUCCUAACAUACUAAUAUGAGAGAAUUGAUACAUAAUUUGUUACGUUAAUGAAUGUUUCAAAAAAUAUUUUAAGAAUAUUUUUUUU